AUGGGCAAACAGAAGACAGCCAACGUUGGCAAAGCAAAGGGAGGCGCUGGCAACGCUGGAGCCAACGCAAAGACGACCGCUGCUCCCGCUCCCAACGUCCCUCCCGCUUGGCCCCAAUUCAAGCCACCAUUACCAGUCACCGAUCUUGUGCCCGAGAAAUUCCCAUCGUGCCCGGACAAGGUCGUUCUUGUCCGCAAUUUCUGGCCGAAAUCUCUAUGCAGCUCCUACGUCACAUUCCUGAGGAAUCUCCCGCUUGUCACCACCCCUGGCCGACCCAAGAGAGGGGAGGCGGUCAGAGUGAACGACCGUUUCCAAGUACAGGAUGCUACUUUCGCUCGACGCCUGUGGGAGGAGACGGGCCUGCGCGAAUCGCUUGUCCAAGAAGAUGUUCAAGGCUUAUGGGGCGGUGAGGUCGUCGGUCUGAACCCCAACAUUCGCAUCUAUCGCUACUCCAAGGGCCAGUAUUUCGAUGCACACUGUAAGUCCCAGCGCCAAGUCGUCAACCUGUCAUUGAACAGCACAUCUACUGCGGCCGACGAAUUUUCUGCGUGUCACUGUGCGAAGUCCUUCCCGCCUCAAAACAUGUAG